AUGGAACCUCCUGGCCAGAAUCCAGCUCCUCCCGAAGAUGCACGACUGGCUGCUUUGUGCUCUCAUCUUGGACGCCUAUGGGAAACACAGAGCAUUGAAGUCUGUGAUGAAGCGCCUUCGAUUGACAAAUUGGCUGAAUGCAAACUCAUCCUCGUCGGUAAGGUACUUACCCAAAAUUCAAUCAAUCUUCCAGCUUUCCAAAGUACCAUGAGGCGAGCUUGGCGAGUAGACACUGUGGAAAUUACACACCCUGAAACUGACAUAUACGUUAUGAAGUUCCGAACUGAACUGGAAAAACAGAGAAUUCUUGAUAAUGGGCCAUGGCAUUUUGGAAAUCACCUUGUUAUUAUCAAGCCUUGGAUUCCUAAUACCCCCCUGUACUGCUAUGACUUCUCUACAUGUACCUUUUGGGUCCAAGUCUUUGGUCUCCCGUUAGAACGUUGCACAGAAGAAGUUAUUCGCAGGGCUGUCCGCCAUGUUGGUAGGGUUCAAGCAGUCAAAAUUGAUGGUAAAGACGGUACAUCUCUUCGGUCUGUCCGUGCAAGGAUUGAUCUCAGUCUUAAUGAACCUCUUAAACCAGGACAACUGCUGCGAGUUGCAGGAACAACUUUCUAG